AUGCACCACAACAUCGUUGCCCCUGACACGGCAUUCCUCCUGCAAAGCACCAAUCAGCUGUUGCAGCUUGCAAAGCAUCGCGAGGUGGUGAUUCCACACUCCGUUUUCCUAGACUUGGUGCACUCUGCGUUGGAUGAUCAGGGUCCACGUCGCUUUCAUUCCCGACGUGUGUUGCUGUUGCUGAUGCAAGCAACAAGCAAAAAAAAGUUAGAGGGCCUUCAUACAGCACUGGAUCCCUACUUUGUCCACGUGAGGCGAAGUCAGGGCGGUGUUACGCUUUUGGGACCUCAAGACGAAGUGUUUAUUCUUGAGGAUAGUCACGAGCGCUUCUUUCUGGCAGAUGCCCUUGCCGGAGUGGAGCUGGAAGAACCCAACCUCUGUAGCUCCAGCCUCGCUAGUGUGCUGGUGGCAAAACAGUUAGUAAAGCUGGUCUCUUCAACGCCCUGUUACGUGACGUGUAGGAAUGCUUCAACAGGUGCAAGCAAGGUUGAUCACUUAGUGGCGGGCGUCUUUGCGUCCAUGAAGGAGAAUGACGCGAAUGGUGAUCAUGGGGCUUGGGCCAGCAUUUGUGGGAAACCGACACCUUUGUUCAUAUCCCGCUCACGUUUCUUCUGGGCUCAUGCGCCUGUGGUGCUGGCGACCGCAAGUGCCGCCACCCGAAGAAUCGCUUUUAUGGUUGGUAUUCCAAUGUUUCCCGCGGUGGAUGCCGCGUAG